CCACCUCCCCCGGCUGUCACUGCUGUUCUGCUACCCCGGACUGUGUUCACUUCCAAGGAAGGCUGAGAGAAGGAGAGAACUCGACUCGAGUCUCUGGAGUUUAUUUGACUUCGCUCUUCCCUCAAGGAAGUUUUUCAGAAGAGAGUGAAGCGACAUUUUUCCCGCCCUUGGAAAAAAGGACACUCAAAGAGAAGAGGACAGAGGAAGACGACAGGACAGGACAGAACAGAGCAGACACUCAUACAUUCUUUUUAUUGCAUAGGAAGCACGUGGCAGCCGGCUCUGCCACUGGACUCUCUAGCAGACAGAAAGAGUGAGGUCAUUAUUUAAUUCAUUCUCCCUUUUGGCAGUUGUGUGCGCGCGGGCGGUGUGUGUGUGUGUGUGCGCACGGUUUUUGCCAUAGUUAGUCAGUCAGUCUUGUUUGAGGCACACAGACAGAGGAGCAACAAUGGUGGCUGGAAUGGUGAUGCCCCUCGCUGACCUGAGGGCGAUCUACGAGCUGCUUUUUCGGGAUGGCGUCAUGGUGGCCAAGAAAGACAAGCGCCCACAAACCAAGCACCCCGAUGUCCCUGGGGUGAAGAAUCUGCAGGUGAUCCGCGCCAUGGGCUCGCUGAAGUCUCGGGGGUACGUGAGGGAGACUUUUGCGUGGAGGCACUUCUACUGGUAUCUCACCAACGAGGGCAUUGUUUACCUGCGGGAAUACCUGCACCUGCCCGCCGAGAUCGUGCCAACUCCUCUCCAGAGGGUACGUCGGCCAGCUGCCACCCUGGCCCUUGCCCAACGUGCUGCCCGGGUCCAGUCAGUGGAGGGUCCAACGUCUUACGUUCCCAAGCCCGGAAUGGAAAGCCAGGAAGGUCUGAUGGAGCGCCAAGGAUACCGGCACAAGAGGAUGGGAGGAGUCGCAGAAGAAGGGAUACCAGCUGACAGAACCCCUCGGUUCCGAGGCCGCCCAAUAGCUAUGGAACAAGAGAAGCCCAAUGCAUCAUGGAAUUCCGGGAACCAAGCUCAGCCUCCUAUGAGAAAUGGACGGGCUUUUCGCCCAGAACCUGAGCGUGUUGUGGAACAGGGCUAUGGGAAAAGGGUCACCAUGGAGACCGCCUCCGAGAGGCCUUUGACGGAUGCUGUUAGUACCAAAUCGACUUCAAUGUUUACAGUGCAGGAGAAGGUUGUGUCUGGAAACCACAGAGGUAACACUCAGGCUACCAAAAGCACAAUAGCCCUCUCUGAUAUGACUUCCUCCAAUCAAGCACAAAUUGCCACCGCAGCCGCAGUUACAGCUGCAGCAGUUGGAUUAGGGGUGUCCAAAAGAGAAGUGCCUGCCCCAGUACCCCAGGGAACAGCUAAACUCACCCAAACGGCCAGCAACAAACCAGACCAAGCCGCAGUCACUCAGGUGGAAUCUUCUGCUAAGGUGGAGAAGCAGAAGAAAAGCACAGAAUCCAAGGCAAAGGAACCCAAGACAACUAAACCAGCCGAAGAGGUGUUGGUGAAGGUUGAACGACAAGACUUCAAAGUGAAGACUGCUAAUGCCAAGUCUAAAGAAGAUCCCCCUAAAGUAUCAACAGAGGCAGUGGUCAAUGUAGCAGCCCCAGCAGCUGUGAAGACUGAUGUAGUGGCAUCGAAAAAGGAAACUAAAGACACAUUGGCCAACAAAUUCCUGUAG